CGUGCCUCGCGUCUCGAUUCUCGGAAAUGUCUAAUUUAAUUCUCAAAUGUCAUCUCGACAUUUUUAUCGGAAGUUCAAGCCGUCAUCUACGGACGAACUUUUCCCACGGACGUCGGGCGAUUAUUUUUCGAAGACUCUUCGUGUACGGAGCCGUUGUCGAGCUAUCAUUCCUGAAACGUCGAACCGGGCAAGGAUAACUCGACUAGCGGAAAACCAGUUUGCUGUUCGCGGUGGAAAAAAGUUGCACGGGCGCUCGAAAAAGGAGGAAACCGUGUUUAUUGUCGGGACACGCCUGAUCCCAUGCGAGCCCGCAACCUUGAACAAAUCCACGAUUCGUUGGACGGCACACGGGAAAACCUUUCCUGGGAGCCGCAAAGGGAGAAGUCGAUUGGUCGGCCGUUCGGAAAAAAUAUCUACGUACAGCAACAAGAAGGAAGCGAGCGAUCUGCUUCGGGUGCCGGCUGUUGCCCUUCGUAGAACAUCGUGCGGACGGGUAAAAGGAACAAGACGUGGACGAGCGCAAAAAGGUAGGGGGAUGCAGAAAGAUGAGAAUCCUCGUCGCGGUUUCCCCUAUAUAAGAGCUGAUUCCUCGGGAUUUCAAGUAUAAUCGUCUCAGCUUGUACUUACGGUGUUGUACACGUACCCUCCAAGUAACCAUGUUCAAGACGCUGUUGUUCGCUGGAUUGAUGGCGGUCGCAUUGGCUGCACCAUCCCCGGUCCCGGCCCCGGCUCCGGCACCAGCCCCGGCACCCUCACCGAUCGGCUCCGCCGCUUUGAUCACUGGCCCGCUGUCCGCCGCACCGUUAACGCCGAUACUCCAGAACAUCGGUGCGCCCCUUCUCUAUUCGGCGCCUUAUCCCUACGUCAACUACGCCUCCUCGUCCCCGUACAUCUACAAGAACUAUAUCUUCUAAGAAGUAAGAGGACGCAUCAUCGAACCAAUCGACCACCGAUCGCUCAUUCUAUCAUCCCACGGAAAAUUCAGUAAACGCAUCUCUACACCUUCAGUGAAGUACUGUGCUUCGAUUCUCCGCCAAUAUGUUCUUUACUUUUAGACCCGGCAUCAAAUAAAACCAUUUAAACGCAAAA